AUCAGUAUUCUACACAAGGAUUUGACAGAAUGCCGCAGUGUUUGGCUUAUGGCUGUCAGACCAGAAGAGGGCGCAUGCCCGAAGGGAUGUCCUUCCACCGAUUUCCGCGGGAUGCACAACUAUGCACAAAGUGGGUCCGUAGAUGUGGAACAGAUGUUGGUGACAUUAUCAAAUUUGUUAAGGCUGAGAUAAUCAGCAAUCCCCCAAAGCAUUACCUGUGCUCUCGUCAUUUUACGGAAGAUAUGUUCGAGUUAGACUUCCGCUAUGAAUUGAUGCCAGAUUCCAUGAAACCACGUAGACCUCGUCGUAUAUUGAAGGCCAAUGCACUACCAACGAUGUUUGACUUUGCCCAAAAACACAUUCGGAAUAGUUCGGUGCAACGUAUUGAUCGGAAUAUGCGAAGAAAGGUAUGUCUGCUGUUACAUUAACAACUACUGUUAAAAGAUGUCUGGACACUACUGUCCAACGACCAGUAUUGAGCAAGCAAGCUUAAAGACCAGUAAGCAAUACCGGGCUUGUAUAUAGUCACUCUUAAGGAUGAUGUCGCUUUUUAGUUACUUAUUGAAGUUAAUGUGAAAUAUCACAUUACCUGUAGUCUAAAGUCAGGUGGAGAUACAGAUUUGUUUCUUACGUAUUUUAUUGUAUUUGUACCACAUCAGCGGUGUGCACAAAUAUUAAUGUUGUACUUGUAUUUGUGACCUAAAAGGUGUGCAGAAAUGUUACUGUUGUAGAUGCACUUGCAAGUGCAUCAAGAUCACUGUGUCAAUUAAAGUUUAAAGUGUAGUAUAUGAAGUUGUUCUCCUGUAUUUUGCAGCUUCUGGAGGACCUGCUGUCAGAACCACAGCCCAUACAAGAGCAUUUGGAUGAUACAGCUGGAAGCAGUAAUAUGCAGCAGCCUGCAUCAGUAUUGGAGCAUGAUCGCUGUGAGGGAAUGCAGAUGGACGUUACUGAGCAGAAUCGGAGUGUUUACAUGGAGUCGGGCAUACAUCCUACUUAUGUGGAGAUGGAACUUGGAACAGUGUGCUCAGAGGUCGUUGUGGACAACAGUGAGGUAAUGAUUAGUGGAUUGAGAAAAACAGGUAAGUUGAAGAAUAAGUCCUGUCAGACCCAAAAUAUGCUGGCUGCAGUAAGUAUAGGAAUACAGGCCAAUAUGCAAGAAAGUAGUAGUAACAAAUCAGAAGCUAAGUUGAUCCAAAGCCAUAAUGUUGCAGUUCAAUUUCCAGAAAUAGUCGUGCCAACAUUUGUAGAUCACAAUUACAGUAAGGUGUCAAAAUGCAUACAGAAGAGAAAUGCUUUGAAGCAAAGCACAGAAGAGGACGUAUGUCAUACUAAUGUAGAGAGUGGGAGUAACCAUCAUUCAGUGGUACAGUCUUGCACUGAAGUAGUGCAGGUCCAAGAAGAAAAUGAGGGCAGCAUGUGUAGUGACAACAGUAGUGAGGACUGUAUGUCUGAAGUAAGUACAUCAAAUAUGGGUAAUGAGAAUCUGGAAGACCCAGACUGGGGAGAAUCCUCUAUAAGCAUGUCUCAGUCUGAGGCGGAUGAUUCUUUCCAGGAAUUGUCAGUGGAGGAAGACAUUGUUGGACAAAAAAAAUUCAUUGUUUUCGAGGCAUGCCUCGAUAACUUGUUGAUGAAACUUAUAUGUCCAGUGUGCAGGGCAGCAGCUUGUGAAAUUGAGAAGAAGACCAUACUUGGAACUUUUGUUUGUGUUAAAGUGUCCUGCUUUAAUGGACAUGAAAUUCUAAGCUGGGAAAGCCAACCACUACUUGGUCGAAUGCCAGCAGGCAACCUAAUGAGUGCUGCCGCAGUACUGUUUAGCGGUACUACUUACGCACACAUAUCAAGGUUUUGUGCCUACCUAGGUGUAGAAUUCAUAGGAAAGACAACAUACUACGACACACAGAGCCAAUAUCUUUUCCCAGUUGUGCAAUUCCAUUGGCAUGAGCAGCAGAAGGAGCUGUUGAAGGAUGCUGAAGGGAGAAUGAUAAGGUUAGGUGGUGACGGACGCUGUGACAGUCCAGGAUUUUCUGCUAAGUACUGCACCUACACUAUGAUGGAUUUAGACACAGGAUACAUACUGGAUUUUGCUGUGGAGCAGGUCAGUGAAGGGGUGGCAUCAGUGGGACUUGAGAAGAUAGGUUUUGAGAGGUGCAUGAGAAAUUUAAUUAGUAAAGGUAUGAGUAUUGGAGUAGUAGCAACAGAUAGGCAUCGGGGUAUAGCAUUACUAAUGCGUACUCAAUUCACUGACAUAGAUCAUCAGUUUGACAUUUGGCACAUGUGCAAAAGCAUUCGAAAAAAAAUAAUGCUGGCUGCCAAACAGAAAGGACAAGAGGAUUUACUGCCAUGGUGCCGCAGUAUUUGUAAUCACUUGUGGUGGUGUACAGCAACAUGUGAGGGUGAUCCAGUAUUACUUAUGGAGAAGUGGUUGUCCCUGUCAUAUCAUGUGACUGACCAACACAGCUGGGGGGGUGCAACCAAAUAUGUGAAAUGUCCACAUGAAGUACCAGUACCUCGUGGGACUGAUAAGAAAUGGUUAGAGGAAGGAGGGGAGUGCCACAGUGCACUUCACAAGAUAGUAAGUAACACACUGUUUAUAAAAGAUCUGCAGCAGACGACAAAGUUCUGUCAUACUGGCAAUCUGGAGGUAUUCCAUGCAUUGCUGUGUCGUUACUGUCCAAAGUUAGAACACUUUAGCUAUGGAGGCAUGAAAGCAAGAACAAUGUUAGCGGUCUUGGACCACAAUGCAAAUCAAAAUAGGGAGCAUUCAGUGAUUAGAUGCCCCUCUAGUCGCUCCGGGCCAGUUGGUGAAAAGAGAUACAGAAUAGUGUAUCCCAAGGCCAAGCAGGAGUGGAUAGCAAAGCCUAUAUUUGAUGGUAGGAAGUAUGACUACAUCUAUGACCUCAUGAUGAACGUAGUGUCUGCCAAGACAGGUAGUCUAAGUGUGGAUCCAAUGCAAGUACCAGAGCUUCCAAGAAACAUAGCUAGAUGUGAGCGGCCAGAGAAAAAUACUGUGAUUGCACGGUUACAGUCCCGCUUCCACAGUAAGUCCUAAGGUGGACGUGAAAAAGUGUAGAGUUAUGAGAAUGUGAUAACUAACUGAGUCCAGGGUACAAUAAGGAUAAGCUGCUUGUCAUGUGCGUAUGUGAAAAGAGCCAAAUUUUAGCAAGUGCCAUUGCUACAUAUUAAAGACCAAACAGUGUCAGACAGUCUGCGAGACUUUGACAGCAGCGGCCGAUCUGACUACUGUCACUUAGUACAGAAAAAAAUACUGGUAGAAGCGUCAGUAUUGAAAAUGUGAGAAAUGUUAGAGUGCGUCAAGCUUCAUAUUUCGGUAAUAUAUGAGACAGUCAUGGUAAGGCAGUUACAGAAGUAGAUGUGAACUCGUUAAUGAUUGUUAAAUGUACCUGUUGGAUGAGAGGGUAGAUUCAAUUUGUGUCACUUGCACUGUAUCAGCUGAAGUAAGUGUAGGUUUUCAUCCACUUUUACCCAUAUUUACAGUAGAAGGCUUGUAUAUCUUUGAACCUGGGUGGUAUGUGUGAGUAAAAUAGGGAAAGGCCUUAGAUAAUGAUAUGGAACUGUUAUAUUUCUGGUGACAUGUCAGUGUAUAGUAGCUGAAAAUUAGUUCUCUGAGCGGGUAUUAAUGUAUACAGAGCAACAGCUGAUCCAUGUAAAGUGUGUAUGGAUAAAUGGUAUAAUUUUUAACAACUGUUCUCUCUCGUCUAUGAGUCCUGGUGAUUGAGAAUAGGUGAUCGGAAAGUUGGGUGAUCCAUUUUGCGGUAAUGAGAUCUUUUCUGUCAUGAACAUUGCUGGAGAGAACCGUCCAACUUACGAUUGGUUUGACAUGGAUGCCAGAAUUACCAAGCUGACAGUAAAGGCGAUGUGAAUGUGGAGAGCUCAACUGAAGAAAUAUAACCUGAACAAAGUGAAAGUAUCGGCAGAGUCCUCAUGGUAAAUAUUGCACAAAGGAAAUAUUACAGCCAAGGUAAG